GCCGGGGUUCUGCAUCCCCCUGCGCCUCCUACAGCCGCGCCAUGGCAGGGAGCUGCGGGGCCUGCGGCGCGCUCUCGGCGCACACGCUCCUGUUCGACCUGCCGCCCACGCUGCUGGGCCAGCUGUGCGCGGUCCUGGACAGCUGCGAUGGUGCGCUGGGCUGGCGCGGCCUGGCAGAGAGACUUUCUAACAGUUGGCUGGAUGUUCGUCAUAUUGAAAAAUACGUAGACCAAGGUAAAAGUGGAACAAGAGAAUUGCUGUGGUCCUGGGCACAGAAAAACAAGACCAUCGGUGACCUUUUACAAAUUCUUCAGGAGAUGGGGCAUCGUCGAGCGAUACAUUUAAUUACAAAUUACGGAGCAGGAUUGAAUUCUUUAGAGCAGAGUCAUCAGGAGCAUGGAUUUCCAAACAUAUCCAAGGGAAAAGCMAAUGUCACAGUGGAUGAUGCUYUUAUACCUGAACAUAAUGAAAAAGGAAUAUUGCUUGAAUCCUCCAUCAGCUUUCAGAACAUCAUAGACGGAACCAAACAUUUCCACAAAGACUUCCUGAUUGGAGAAGGGGAUAUGUUUGAGGUAUACAGAGUGGAGAUUCAAAAUCGAGCAUAUGCUGUUAAAUUAUUUAAACAGGAGAAAAAAAUGGAAUCUAAGAAACACUGGAAGAGAUUUUUAUCUGAGCUUGAAGUUUUACUACUGUUUCGUCAUCCAAACAUACUGGAGCUGACUGCGUAUUUUACAGAGACUGAGAAGUUUUGCCUGGUUUAUCCAUAUAUGAGGAAUGGAACACUUUUUGACAGAUUACAGUGUGUAGGUAACACGGCUGCACUCUCUUGGCAAAUUCGAAUCAGUAUAUUAAUAGGAGUGUCCAAAGCAGUUGGGUACUUGCACAACACCCAGCCGUGCUCAGUCAUCUGUGGCAAUAUAUCAAGCACAAACAUACUUUUGGAUGAUCAGUUUCAAGCCAAACUAACUGAUUUUGCCAUGGCACACUUCCGACCCCACCCAGAGAAUCAGAUUUCUACCAUAAAUGUGACCAACAGCAGCAGGAAACAUCUGUGGUACAUGCCAGAAGAGUAUAUCAGACAAGGAAAGCUUUCCGUCAAAACAGACACCUACAGCUUUGGAAUUGUAAUAAUGGAAGUUUUGACAGGCUGUAAAGUGGUGUUAGAUGAUCCCAAACAUGUUCAACUGCGGGAUCUCCUUAUGGAACUGAUAGAGAAGAGAGGCCUCGAUUCAUGCCUCUCAUUUCUAGAUAAGAAAGUACGUCCCUGUCCUCGGAACUUCUCUGCCAAGCUCUUCUCUUUGGCAGCCCAGUGUGCCACAACUCGGGCAAAGUCAAGACCAUCUAUGGAUGAAGUCCUGAAUGUUCUUGAAAGUUCGCAAGCCAGCUUAUAUUUUACAGAAGAUCCUCCCACAUCCCUGAAAUCCUUCAGGUGUCCUUCUCCUCUAUUCUUGAAUAACGUACCAAGUAUCCCAGUGGAAGAUGACGAAAGCCAGAAUAAUCAUUUGCCACCUUGUGAUAAAGGUUUGAGGACAGAUGGACUGACUCAGAAAAUUCCCUUUGAAUGCAGCCAGUCUGAGGUCACAUUUCUGGGCUUGGACAGAAAGAGAGGCAGUGAGAGAAAUGAGGAUGCUUACAACAUGCCCAGUUCUUGUGAAGAAAGUCUGUCUCCAAAGCAUGCAGCUUCAUCCCAGGGCUUCAAGGCCACCGAGGUGAAUUUGGACUCCUUUUUAGAAGACCCAGGCCAUCCUUCCAGCAGCAGGCUAGUGGAGCCAGGGUGCUCCUCUGAAUUUUUCUGUAAUAAAUAUGAACCAUACAAAAAGGAUUAAAGUUCACCAGAAGGUAAAGAAAAAAGCAAGUAUUUCUGAGACACUUGAGCAAAGGUACCGCCUUGGGAAGACAUCAUCUCCUUAAGUUAGGCCCAGAGAAUGGCUGGUGGUGAAUUUGGAGUAAUACAGAUAAACAUUCUGGACAAUUCUAUUCCUUCCUUCUCAAACCCCCMAAACAGAGAGGCUUAAACAAAUGUUUUCUCAGAGUAAUUACCUCAUGACCAAACCCAAACUAAAUUAGAGCCAUUCAAAAUUAUUCAGCAUCCUUGGUCUGACUUCAGCAAAACAAAACAAAUCAAACUUACCAAAGAGGGACAAGAUUCUCAUGUCUUCUCUGUCGAAGUGAGUCUGGGGAACCUCCCCCUGCAAAGGACUUUCAGUUGCAUUCUGUUGUUUGGUUUAGCUUACUUAGGAGGGUAGCAGGAAAUGUCUAAUUUGUCCACGUACUUUGUGAUCAACUGUAGUGUUUUUCUGUUCAUCACUGUCUAAAAACAAACCAAGCUCACCGUUGGCCAGGGUGUGCUCUGUGUAGCAAGAUUCCUGCCCAAGAUCUAUAUUUCUAUAUUUAAACUCUUAAGGUAGCCUAUUCUAUAUAAUCUAAUUGUUGAUUGUUCUUAUAGAUUUUUACUAACUCAGAGACCUGUCAUAUCUUGAGCAGAAUAUGUGAUAUUUUAAUCAAAUAAUUUUUGUUCCAGAAAAUGACUGGUCGGCAGUGUAGGUCAGCUUUUGAUUGAUACUAUUUGUGCCUUCCACCCUGUGUCUCCCCUCUUGCCGUUUCCUGGAGCUCCUCUUUUGAUGUCCUAGCCAGUUAUCAGGCUCUGCAAAACUGUCAUCCUCCAAAAAACCUCCCAAAUCUCUCCAACCGAGGGACUCACUUUACCAGCAUUUCCAUAGCAAUUUCUUUGAAUUUCUCUUUUAUGCUUGUCACGUUCCAAGAUGUAUCAAAAUCAAUCUUAUCUCUGUUCCUAGAUUGCUAGCUCCCUUUGUUUUCUGUGGUCACUGUAACAGGAUAUCACAAAUUGAGUAGCAUUAAUUAUUUUACAGUUCUGCAGKUCAGAAGUCCUUGGCAAACCUUCUGGCACCUCUAGGGGAGCCUGUUGCCUCUUCUAGCUUUUUGAGGCCACCUGCAUUCCUUGGCUCAUGGUCUUUUUCUCCAUCUUCUAGGUCACCAAUGUAGCAUCUUCAAACCUSUCUUUCUCCCCACCCCAUCACUUCCCCUCAUGCUCUCUCUCUUUCUUAAUUCUUCUUUAUUACCUUUCUCUUGCUCUGGCCCUUCUGCCUCUCUCUUAUAAAAACCCUGUUAUUGCAUUGGGCCUACUCAGAUAAUCCAGGGAAAUUUCCUUGUCUCAAGAUUCUUAAAUUAAUUGCAUCCACAAAUCCUCUUCCUYACGUAAAACAACAUAUUCACAGAUCACUAGGAUUAGGACAUGGACGUCUCUGUGGGGGCAUUGCCCUAUCACACUCCCUGAGUGUGUAAGGGUGACCUCCUCAGAACUUAGCAUCAGCCUCCUCAGAGCGGGUAUAUUCUUAUAAAUUAAGUUGAAUCAAACUAUAUAUAUAUAUGAACUCACAUAAUAAAUAAUUCAACUAUAAUUAACCUUUAUGAGUAAAUUAAUGAAGUAGGGAUAAUGAAUAACGGAUAGAAACAUUCAAAGAAAACCUUUUCCAGAGGAUUUACAGAAUCUCCCCAUCCAAGAACCUUGCUGUAAAAGCUCUAGCUUUCUGUGUUAGGAAUGGAACUGUGAAUUUUACUCUUUGGAGAGACAGUGCAGUUGGGUUAAUCAUACUCAGAUUGGAACCCGAGUUCAAGAACAGCUAAUCACAGAAGAAAAUCAUCAGGAACAGGGUCAGGCAAAUAGACUAAGGUCAAAAACAUGGAGUUAAAAUUCUCUAAAAGGGCAUGAACUGAGGUUAAAAAAUACAGUAGAACUUAGCCUGACUGACAGGUCUAAUGCAAGCCCCAGGUAAGCGGUCAGGAGCAUCAACGUUCACAGGCUGUAGGACACCUGGUCUGCAGGUGCUGUCUUCUCAUGUAAUCAGCACAUAUGUGUUCAUACUGCUUUGGAACUGCCCACAUGUCGACUAAAAACUUUAAUUCUUUUGCCUUGUUUGAGUUUGGCCACUCUUGAUUAUACAUGUUAAUGAGUCUUCAGCAUUUGGCUCACAUGUUGCAAACCAUUCUGAGGCAAUGUAAUCCAUCUCAGAGAUGUAGUUUGAAAGUUUAUUGACAAAACUGAGAAAGUUAGCCUGCAGUUGGUAGAGUGCUUGCCUUGCAUGCACAACA